CGCACAUUUGACAGUGAUAUAUUGUUUAGUUAACUUAUAGAUUUAGCAGUUUUAAGCUAAAAUUUGUUCUAGAAAUAACAUUUGUGUUCUCCGAUAAUUUUGUCGUAUUCCAUGACACAAAUAGCGAAAGAAAAGUCGAUAAAAUUUAGCGAAAUUUUGUCGUGAAUACAUAAUUAGUAAGUAAUUUAAUAGUAUUCUGCCAGCACGUCACGGUAGAUGGAAGAGGCAUCGCUACGUCACAGUAGAUUUGCGAUGCAUCGGUCCCGAGUCCUUUUCCGCGUGAAAUCUACUGUGACAUCAGCAAAACCAUUGUUUUAGGGCCUCACGUCACGGUAGAUUUUGCCGCUGAGCGAUGCAUUUUCCAUAAUUUUGUGAUUGUGGGCACAUGGCACCGAUGCAUUCAACUUUGAACUUCAAAGUUGAAUGCAUUGUUAUUUGAUCACUUGAUAUAACUCGCAAUCAUCGAUCGAAGUCAUGGCUGUCGAGAAUAUCAAACACGAUCUGUGUACUCUGCUUCGAGAAGAGAAGUCAUUUGAUAUUAAUGGAGUGCGUCGAACCUAUGAAACGAGAGCUGCUACUUUUAUUUCAAAAUCCUCUCCUUGGAAUCCCUUUUCAAAGGGUAAAAAUGGGAGAGAUAUGUCAAGUGAAAUGUUAAUACCUAAGCACUUGACAGUUCAUUGGCAAAGUGGAGAACUAAGAGCUUUAAAAACUAGAGGUGAUGGUAAUUGUCUGUACAGAGCCUGCUCAAAAUUACUUUGUGGCAAGGAAGACCUAUGUCAUUUGCUGAGAGACUUGACAAGCAUUGAGCUAUUCAAUCACCAGGAGUAUUAUGCUAACCACCCUUACUUAAAAGAUAAGUUGCAUUUUUUUUAAGUCAGAAAAUACUGCUUUUUUCUGCAUCAGUAUCAGAUGUGGCUUUAGGCAAUGGCUAUGAUAGGAAAAAUCCAAGCACAAAGGUAAUAGUAGUUAAAGAGGAAGCUCUAAAUAAUGCAUGCAAUGGUACUUAUUCUUCACUUAUGUGUAUAUUUGGUUUGUCGUCUGUCACUGGAAUGACUAUAAUUUCAGUUUAUCCCGAAAAGUUGGACCAGGAGACCAAAUAUUCACAAUUUCUAAAUGGUAAAAUUCUUCCACGGCAAGCACACCAACAUAUUUCAAGUCAACUUGUUCAGCCUGCUAAGUUAAUUUUAAUGUGGACAACUACUGGUGCUUAUUCUCUUCCAGAAUUAGAUAUAGAAUUUCAACCCAAUCAUUUUGUACCACUAAUUGAAUUUAAUCAAAAUAAUAACUCAAGAGUUAAUAAUAAAAAAAAAAUUACUGACCACUUUAAAGUUGAUGUCUUACAGAAAAAUAAAAGUGGACUUGAGCAACAAAUAGACACAACUUUGGUAGCACCUGCAAAAUCCUCACCAAGGGAAGACUUAGAUGGCAGCAGCUAUGAUUGCUUGAAGACCUCCUUAAAACGACCUCUUUCAUUCGACUUUGAAGAUGGAAAAGUAUCAAAUGCUUCUUGUCCCUUGUCAAAAUCUGUAAAAACUGAUAUGACAGAUGUUGAUCCCUUGGAUAUUGGACAUUUUGUAUCUGUGGCGGCCCUAGAUGACGACACAAAGCUAAGACUUAUAACAAAUCACUGGAAGCCUCCCCCUUCUUUCAAUUUUCCUUUUUCUGAGAAUGGUAAAUCUUCAAGAAAAUUUUGUGCUGGCUGGCUAGAUCGUUGAUCCUGGUUGUGCUACUCUAAAUUAUUUGAUGGAGCCUUUUGUUAUUAUUGCGUUUUGUUCGGUCAUCAAACAGGACAUAAUGGUUCAAAGCUUAGUAAAUUAUUGAAGGAACCCUUAAGAAACUGGCAAAGUGCGGCAACAAAAUUUUUCCAGCAUGACAAAUAUUCCCUAAUUCACCGUGACUCCAAGUUACGUUUGUCGCAGUUCCAACGUGUGAUGAAAGGUAAAACUAUUGGCAUCGACGAACAAGCCGAUCAUCUUAGAAGUGCCCGCAUUCAAUACAAUCGUGACGUUUUAGGCUCUAUUAUUAAAACUAUUAUACUGGCAGGCAGACAGAAUCUUCCCUUACGAGGCCAUCGUGACGACUCAAAGUAAUUUCUAUCUUCUAAUCCUGGGAACUUUCAGGCCCUUUUGAAUUUUAGAGUAGACGCGGGUGACGCGAAACUAGAGAAACAUUUUGAAAAUGCAAGUAAGAAUGCAACUUAUCGUUCGAAGACAAUUCAAAACAAGCUGAUAAAGAUCUGCGGGGAACAAAUCAAAGAAAAGAUUGUUUCUGACAUCAAUUCUAAUGAAUGCCCAAUUUACUCAGUCCUUGGUGAUGAGGCAACAGACUGCAGCAGUAUCGAGCAGAUGCCAAUUGUUGUAAGGUAUGUUGACUCAAAGCAAGAAAUUAAUGAACGAUUUAUUAAAUUUGUUGAGUGUGAAGGAAUGACUGGCGAAGCGCUAGCGAAGAAUAUCGAAGAUACUUUAAACGAAGUUGGGCUACUACUUUCCAACUGUCGUGGUCAUUGCUAUGAUGGUGCCAGUGCAAUGUCAAGCAAAUCAAAGGGAGUUGCUGGUCGUAUUUUAAAGAAAAAUCCAAAAGCUUUGUAUAUCCAUUGCGCUAGUCAUCGAUUGAACCUUGUUGUUGCUAAAGCAUGUGGUGAGCAAACUGUCAAAAACAUGUUGGGGCAUGCUCAAAAGAUCUUCAGUUUCUUCAGCCCAUCCCCCCUACAAAUGCAGUGCUUGAGGCAGAAUAUGGAAAAGUCUGGGUUACGUCGUAAAAAACUAGGAGCUCCAUCCACAACGCGUUGGGUUGAACGGAUACGUACACUUGAUGGAUUUGUGGAAGCAUUUGAACCUGUUUGUCAAAGUUUAGAGUACAUGAAGCUCAAUAUGAAUAAAGAUUUUGAUAAUUCAAGUAGGGACGCAGAGGGAUAUCUUCGUUCCAUAAAAUCUUUCGAAUUUAUUGUUAAUCUUGUGAUUACAUCAAAUGUUCUGCAUCACACAAUGUCGUUGACUGUCCAACUGCAGCAAAGGAUGAUCGAUAUCGCUGAAUCAAUUAAACAUAUAAAUCUUUUGAAGUCACAAUUAAAAAUUUUACGCAGCUCGGCAUAUACAAUUCAUGACCAAUACUACGAAGAAGCAGUGGAUUUAGCAAACAGAGUAAACGUUGAUGAAAAAAUUCCUCGACUUUGCAAUGUUCAGACAACUCGUGAAAACUAUCCUGCACAUACAGCACGUGAAUACUACCGCAUGAAACUAACCAUCCCUCUUCUUGAUCACUUGAUUGAACAGAUGGAAUUUCGGUUUUCUUCAGAGCUGUGCGAUAUUUAUCGUGGAUUCUAUAUUAUACCUAGUAUUUUUCUCAAUUGCAAGGACGUUAAUUGGAAGGAAGAGUUUAUGAAGUUUGCUGUUGCAUAUAAAGAGGAUAUGCCACACUUUCGGAAAAUACAUGCUGAAUUAGGAUUGUGGGAAACAAAUUGGAAAGGGGGCUUUGAGAAAGUUAAGUACGAUUCAAUUGCCGACACGCUUCGAACUUGUAACAAACUUGCGUUUCCAAAUAUAUUUACAGCGCUUAAGAUACUCGCUGUUGUGCCAGUCACUACAUGUGAGUGUGAAAGAUCCGUUUCUGCCCUUCGUCGAAUGAAAACUUGGUUACGUAGCACAAUGAUCAACGAAAGGUUAAAUGGAUUAGCCCAAAUGCAUAUUAAUGAUGAUAUUAAGUGUGAUGUCGAAGAAGUGAUUAAUACCUUUGCUAGACAAAACCCAACGAGGAUGCAAUUUCUUGAUAUCCUGGAGGAUAAAGAAACAGAUGCUUGACGAUGAGCUCCAUGAGAAAUUCUUAAUGCUGAUAAACAACCUACAUUUUCUUUGAGAGUUAUCUUGUUUUCAGCCGUUAUUGAGAGGACGAAGACCACGUUUAAACAUUGAUUUUCUUAAACAUUUCAUCUUUGCUGUGGUUGGAAGAAGACGAUCUUUCAACAUUGCUUUUAUAAUUGUUGUCAUCUUUGCUGCCGUUAGAAGAAGACCAUCUUUGAACAUUGCUUUUAUUAAACUUUUCAUCUUUUUUACCGUUGGAAGAAGACCACCUUUGAACAUUGCUUUUAUCAAUGCUGUUAUCUUACAAAAGACGGCUCAUGUUAUUUUUUCGAUAAAAUUUACGCUUAAGAUUUUUC